GAACGAUAUUGAUGCUCUCUGUUGUCUUCGCAGCUCUGCAGAACGCGGGGUAUCAACUCUACUCGGUUAUUAUCGCGAUAAGUGGCUGCUCAUUAUUCUCGCUCCCUCUCUUCCCUCAUUUCUUUCACUGUAGAUUACACCGACUCAGCGAUAAUACCAGCAAAUCCAGUUCCCUGACUGCCUGUCCAUCUACUCCUUGAGGCCUCCACCGAGUCGCUUCGCCAUCCUGUUGAUACUGGCUGUCGCUGCCACCCACGAGCUAGCAAUGGCGCCGCCGCCUUAUUCUGCCGGCGUCCAUUUCGGGAAGGGAGUCGCCCAACGAGCCGAGAGUGAAAGCUGUUCUGGCUGGGACUGCCUCAGCGACGCUACGCAGGCCGGCAUCCUCCUCGUCGCCGUCUCAUCUGUAGCAGUUCUGGGCUACUUGUACUGGCGGUUCAAGAUCAAACCCAACCGCCAGCAUGGCGGUAACAAUGGGGCCCGGACUUCGACCCAUGGCCAGUGGGAAGUGACGCGAAGGAGCCCCAACACACUCUCAAUCACGCUCUACCGUGAGCCUAGACCGCCGAGCAAUGAAGAAGCCGGCACGACGGACAGCAGGGCCCCAGCGCGAGCGAGACGAAAGAAAGGGAACAAUAAAUCCACUCAAACGGAGGAAAAUCAACUUGAUCAGACAACUGAACAAGCUGGAAUUGCUUGCGUUCCACAAAUCCAUCUGCUACCACCGCCGCCGGUGCUGCCGCCACCGCCUCCUGCCCCGAUCUUCUGGACGGCUGCUACGCCUUCGGCCAUUCCACCUCCACCACCGUUUGGACAUCCAGUCCCUUGGCCCCCCGCGCCUCCUCCAGUUACGCAGUAUGCAGUCCCUAUUGGCUCAGGUCCAGCGACAGCCCCUUACCCGCCAGAUGUGCCCCCUCCGUACUUUAACCACGCCGCCUCGCGCAACUUUGAGCGUUACGGCCCCAAACAGAGGAAUGACGAGACGACACGGCCGGCCUGGACACCCCAGCCAAACCCAUGGUCAAGACCUCCGCGGGUGAACCAAGAACGAAUGCGGCAAGCAGCCCCGCUGGCGAGGGAUCAGAGACAGCGGCGGCGUUGGUUCUCCUGGGGCGGACAACCGCGGGUACCUGGUCACGCCAGGACCCUGUCUAACUCCUCCUCCUUUACCAUUGCCAGAAUCCGAUCGCCUUCCCCUCCUCCGCGUCCAGAUUCCCCGAAAACAGACGGGCGUGCAAGAGGUCACACGAGGGAGUCCCCAAGCAAAAGGGCCCGGCAGUCCUCGGUGAACCAUCAUCGAGCAGAAGACCACGCCCGAACCCCACGACAGAACCAACCACCAGUGCGCAAGCAGCAUUCACACCGCUGCGGCUCCUCCGCAUCUCAGUCCGAAAUCAGCUACAGUUCCAGCUACAUCAAUUCGAGCGACGAGGCCGUGUGCAACCCGAUAGGUUUGCCCGAACCCCGUCACAAAGCCAACCAGCAACCGAGCAGGGAGAGGCGCAGCUGCCGCGACGAUCGCGGCCCGGCGCCUCGUCGAGCACCUUCAGAUUCCAUCUCGCUGUCCCCCUUACCCCGGCAGCGUUCUCUAUCCGCCCGCCCCAGAUUCAGAAGAGUGGAGCCAAGUCCAGACAUACAAUUCCCAACCCCCGAACGCCGCCGAGCGCAGGUGUCGUUCGAGCGUAGUAGUACCGGAAACCCUGGGCGCACGUUCACACCGCCGCCACCGCCGCCGCCGCGUGACUCGAGCGCACGGAGGCCUUCGCGAACUCGGCGUGCACCGAGCGGUAGCAGGCGCCGCUCGCAAGCCAGAAGACAAAGGGAGCCGACUCCAUCCUUGUUUGAGGUGUUCCGUCUGAUACGCCAUGCUCUGCGUGACGAUUAGGUAAGUAGGGAGGAGACCCGGUCAAGGUUCCUGAGCCAAUACACAGAGAAGUGAUUGUGUGGAUU